AUGCCCCCAUCAAUAUCCCUCCCCGCCAAACCGCGCCCAAACGACGGCCCUGCAAACCAGCGCCACGGGCUCAUCUACUUCGUCUGCGGCAACCCCGGGCUCGUGCACUACUACACCGUCUUUCUAGAAUGUCUGCGCGGAAUGCUGGAUGAGUUGCAGGAUGAGGAGACGGGGGGUAGAAGAAGCAGGACGGCGUAUGACAUCUAUGGACGGGAUCUGUUGGGCUUCAGCGACGACGAUCAUGAGCCGUUUGUCCGUGGUAGCAACGAGCCGUGGGAUCUGGACGGCCAGAUUGAGGGCAUUUAUAAGGAUGUGGCGGCUCAGAGAAUCCCAUCUGCUCAAACCCAAGAUCAAGGAACCGGACAAAAUGGACUACAAGACCGAGAAGGGACAAGGCCAUACGACUUUGUCAUUCUCAUGGGCCACUCCGUCGGCGCAUACAUCUCCCUCGAAAUCUUCCACCGCCACGCAAAGGACUCGUCACGGGCCCCCCAUCUCCAUCUCCGACACGGCUUCCUCCUCUUCCCCACCCUCACGCACAUUGCCGCUUCUCCCAGCGGGCGCCAAGCGUCCCUCCUGCUCAGCAUCCCGCGUCUCGAAGGCAAUGCGCAUCUGCUCGCGAAGUUUGCGCUACGCUGUCUUCCUCACGGGGUUGUUCUGUGGAUUGUCAAGAAUGUCAUGGGGUUUACGGACCAGACGGCGAGGGUUACGGCGGAUUGGCUGAAGAGUCGGGAUGGGGUUUGGCAGGCGAUUCAUUUGGGCUUGUCUGAGCUGCGGACGAUUUGCGAGGAGAAGUGGGAGGAAGAGCUUUGGAGGGCGACGGCGGAGGAUGAGGACGAUGCAGACGGCUACGAAUACUGCCAUAUUGACAACAAUGACACUGGGGAUGGCGAAGGGAGAGAAAGAGGGAGGCAGAUUCCAAAGUUUUUCAUCUUCUACGGGAAGCAUGACCACUGGGUUGCAAAUCAUCUGCGGGACGCCUUUAUCGAGCGGAGGAGGGAACAUGUGGAGGAAGGGCAUACGAGGAUUUUGGUGGACGAGGGGGAUCUUCCGCAUGCGUUUUGCGUCAAGGAGCAUACGAGCUUUGUGGUUGCGAAAAAGGUGUUUGAGUGGGUGAGGGAGAUUGAAGGGCUGUGA